GGCGGGGCCGGGCCCGGGGACAGGGGCGGGGACGGAGCAGGAGGGUCGGACCCUGCUGGCGCCCUCAGGCGUCGAUCCGCGGCGCACGCAGGGGUUGCGCCGUCCGUGGCGGCCCUCUCGCUUUCUCCAGUAAAAGAGCAGUGUGUGGCGCAAGGUGCGCCUCGGCCGCGCUGUGGACCCGAGCUGACACCCAGGCAAAGUCCGUGUUGCGGCCCGCGACGUCCCCAUCGCUCCGUUCUGAGUGUCCUGCGUGCCUGCGGCCAGGCUCUGUGCCCUCCGCUGAGGGGCGCGUCCACCCGCUGGCUGCCAAGCGCUUUCUCAACGCGGGCCAGGCGUGACCGCACAGAUUGCGGCGCGCGCUAGGGUCCCGGGCUCUUGUCCCCUCCCUGGCGCCAUGGCAACGGGCGUCUGGCAACGCAGGGCGGGGCGCGGCCGCAGAGGGUUGGCGCGUGCCUUGGGCUCCCUGGCGCCCCUCGCCGGCUGUCGGGGAUCCUAGAGCCUGGGAUGAGGGGUCGGGCUCCCGGUUGGAGCGGCCUCUGGGAUUCCUGUGCCUCCUUGCGUUCAUUUAUCCAUUCUGCUAUUAUUUGCGCAGUGACCGCUCUGUUCCAAGCGCUGUUCCAAGUGCUGGGCAGAGCAGGGAACACAAUUCUGUUCCCUGACCUUCUCUGUUCAUAAUCCAGUGGUCAAGACGGGAAAAAAAAACAAGGACUCACACUCAUAAAUGUUCACGUACAAACUGGUGGGUCCAUGCAAGGGUGUAGUAAAUCUGGAAGGCCUCCUUGAGGAGGUGACCCUUUCUGAAGGAUGAGGAAUCAGCUGAGGAGCGCCUUUGAGACCAAGCCCAAGGUGGCAGGGUCUUGGCAUUUUGCAGGAACAAAAACGCCACUGGGACGCUAGGGAGGGUUGUAAGGUGGGAGGGGAGAUCCAGGGACGGACAGGGGCCCACCAAAGACUUGGUCGGCAGCUUCGGGGAUUGGGAAUUUAUUAUAAUGGUAGGAGGGAAGAUGCUAGACAGUUUUGGGCAAGGUUACCCAAUCUGAUCCCAUUUCAGUUUGCUGCAGAUUCCGCUGGCUAUCAUAUGGGGAGUGGAUUUCUUUUUUUUUUUUGAGACAGGGUCUUGUUCCGUUACCCAGGGUGGAGUGCAGUGGCACGAUCUUGUUCACUGCAGCCGCGACUGCUUAGGCUCAAGUGAUCUCCCACCUCAGCCUCCCAAGUAGACUACAGGCACACGCCACCACGCCCAGCUAAUUUUUGUAUUUUUGGGGGGCAUAGAUGGAGGUCUCAACAUGUUGCCCAGACUGGUCUCGAACUCCUGAGCUCAAGCAGUCCCCCUGCCUCGGCCUCCCAAAGUGCUUGGAUUACAGCAGCUCUGCCUGGAAGUCCCCCAAUCCCUGUGCUCCUGCCCCCAGAUCGUGGGCUUGGGGGACAGCAAGAAAGCUGCAAAGGACUCAGCUGGGGCGGCUCCACAAGGACCCCACAGGCUUGAGGCGUUGCCAGGAUUCUAUCCCAGGCGGUUUUCUGGGUCCCCCAGAGCCCUCUCAAGCACGGGGAGGCAUUUCAGGAAUCUGCAGCCUGGAGGCCACAGCCAUGGCAGGCCCCCGAUACCCAGUUUCAGUGCAAGGGGCAGCCCUGGUGCAGAUCAAGAGGCUCCAAACGUUUGCCUUCUCCGUGCGCUGGUCAGACGGCAGCGACACUUUCGUGCGCAGGAGUUGGGACGAAUUCAGGCAGCUCAAGAAGACCCUCAAGGAGACCUUCCCGGUGGAGGCGGGCCUGCUGCGGAGAUCUGACCGCGUUCUCCCAAAGCUUCUCGGUCAGGCCAGCCUGGAUGCACCACUGUUGGGACGCGUGGGGCGCACGAGCCGCGGCCUGGCGCGCCUGCAGCUGCUGGAAACCUAUUCUCGGAGGCUGCUGGCGACUGCAGAGCGCGUGGCACGGAGCCCGACGAUCACUGGCUUCUUCGCACCGCAACCCCUGGACCUGGAGCCCGCGCUGCCACCCGGCAGGUGCCUGACUCGCCCCAAACUCCCAGCAUGCAGCGGCGUUUGGAGCUGGGAGAGGUCCAGGGUGGGGGGGGAACAGCCAGCGAAUAGGGGCAGAGAGUGGGAGGCUGGCGGUCUUGCCGGGGUGGCGCCCCCAGUUUCACCCUCCCCAUCCGCCUACCUCUCACUCGUACGGGCUGCCCUUCCCAGCCGGGUGAUCCUGCCCACCCCAGAGGAGCCGCCUCUUUCUCGCGCUGCGGGCCGCCUCUCCAUCCACAGUCUGGAGGCUCAGAGCCUGCGCUGCCUGCAGCCCUUCUGUACCCAGGACACGCGGGAUAGGCCUUUUCAGGCGCAGGCCCAGGAGAGCCUGGACGUGCUGCUGCGGCACCCCUCAGGCUGGUGGCUGGUGGAGAACGAAGACCAGCAGACCGCCUGGUUUCCAGCGCCCUACCUGGAGGAGGCGGCCCCGGGCCAGGGCCGGGAGGGAGGCCCGUCCCUAGGGAGCAGCGGUCCCCAGUUCUGUGCUUCCCGCGCCUACGAGAGCAGCCGCGCAGAUGAGCUGUCCGUGCCCGCGGGGGCGCGCGUGCGCGUGUUGGAAACGUCAGACCGCGGCUGGUGGCUAUGCAGGUACGGCGACCGGGCGGGCCUACUCCCCGCGGUGCUGCUGCGGCCGGAAGGGCUGGGCGCUCUCCUGAGCGGGACGGGGUUCCGUGGAGGAGACGACCCGGCGGGUGAGGCCCGGGGCUUCCCUGAACCCUCCCAAGCCACCGCCCCUCCCCCCACCGUGCCCACCCGACCUUCGCCGGGCGCCAUCCAGAGCCGCUGCUGCACCGUCACACGCAGGGCCCUGGAGCGGCGCCCACGGCGCCAGGGCCGCCCUCGAGGGUGCGUGGACUCUGUGCCGCACCCCACGACGGAGCAGUGAGCGCGAGGAUCCCGAUGAGGGGAUGGACCGCGCCAUCCCAGGGCUGGGGAGGAGCGGGGAGGGCGGAUCUCCCUGGCCAGCAGGGAUGGGAGGGGGCCAUUUGCUGUUCCUCUGAGUAAAGCUUGUUCUGCAUGACCCCCA